AUGGCAAUUAGGAGGAAGAAGAAGCAGAGGCCAAAGGUGGAAAUUGUGUAUCCGCCUUUAACAACGAAGACAUGGAUUCCACCUGAUCAGAGGAAGAGGAAGAAGCGAAAGCCCAAAUGGGUGAAACCUCCAGAACUUACGUUGAAGUUGGACGUUUCCAAUCUGAAGAAGAUUUGGCACGCGUACAGGCUCAUAGCUGGAUGCGGAGUCUUGUACGGACAUUAUGGGCAGACGCAUUGCAAAUUUCUGUACACUACCAAUGGUCUUCAAGGACCGGCCAACUGUGUUAUAGCUAUUCUAUUCUCGAAGAUCUCCAAAUGUCCUCACUGGGACGCUUACACUUUGGACGAGAUUCUUAACGUGGGUGAUCGAUAUUUCGCGGAGAGCAAGAAGUUCCACAAAUGCAAGAAACUGUUGCAUAUUUGUGACCUCAAUCGAGAUCUGUACAUUUACGAGCACAAGAUUACCAUAGACUUUAAAGGUAAAAGGUAUAAGGGUUGGGUGCAGGUGGAUCUCAAGGAGAAGGAAAACGAAACCUUGAAGCAUGUUAUACAGGAGUUCUUUGAGAAAAACGAGGCCGGAGUGGUCUGCGUCGGUGAAAGAUAUUUUGCGAUUUGGAAAUACGAAAAGGGAUUCUAUCUGUUUGAUCCCACCGAGCACGACAUUAAAUGUUUACCAUGGAAAGGUUUGCCUGGUCAAGGUACAAGUUUCUUGAUCAGAUUCCCGCACACCGAUCGUCUGGUGCAAAUCUUGGAGAUGAACUUGCCCACAGUUAACAUUAACUUCGAUAUUUGCCCGAUCUCCAUUGAAAGAUUGAUCAACAUCAACACCAAUUAUCCGCAGUGUCUUGAAGAUGCCAAUUUGGAAAUACUCGAUCCUGUACUUUCCAAGAAAGAGGAACCACUACCGCCGGAACCUGAACCGGAACCUCCUGAAGAAUUGCCCAGCGAUGAAUCGGAAUACGAUUUCGACGAGGACGAUGCAGACGAAGGAAAACCUUCCACUCCACCGGAUGCUCCCAAACAUACCGAGUCACCUAAAGCUGAGUCUCCGAAACCCGGAAGUCCACUCGAAGAGAAGCCUAAAGAUGCUAAAGUAUCGAAGAAGAAGAAAAAAAACGAAGUCGAUCCGAACGCUAUAGGACCCAUGACCGAAUCCCAAGCCAAGAUGCACGAGGAGAUGCAUGGACCUUUAACAGAAUCCCAGACUAAAUUACAGGAAGAGCAUAAGGAAAAAAUAGCUAAAUCCAAGAAUUUACCCGGUCACCUACCAGUAGAUUCCGCGUAUAGAAUUAAAAACUUGAGGAAUCCAGAGUUUGGCCCGUUGACAGAAUCUCAGAUAGUCCUCCCAAAGACCAAGAAAAAGAAGCUUGUGGAUAAACCGAUUGCUGAUGAUCUAACCUUCUACACAUAUGUGGAGCCUCACAUAAUUGGGAUUUUGAUGGCGGAUUUGCAUCAGGAUGAGGAUGAAUUUGAGAUAUGCAGAGGAAAAUUGGAUUUACCUAAUGCUUUGGCCGCUCUGACGAUGCUGAGGGAGCACAGGAGCUGCGAAUGGACCACGAAGAUUGUAAACAGCAUCCUGAAAUUGGGUUUCAGGAUUUGCGUUGAAACUUUGAAGAAGUUGAAACCGUUGAAUCCGCCAGUGACGACGAAGAACGUCAUCAAAAAAAUUGAUGUAAACGAGAACGCGUACAGCGUUGUUAUUACACAGUACGGAGCGGUGGGAAGGUUGAGUAGUUUGGAUGAUUCCGUUUUGGAUCUUUUACCUGCGUUGAGGGAAGUACUGAGUGAUUAUGAUACUGUCAUUGUUAAUGGGCCUUUGGUGUUGGGUAUCUGGAAGGAAGGGAAUAAGUAUUAUCUAUUUGAUCCCGUGGAGAGAGAUCCGAAUGGGAAUAAGAUUAUCAAAGAAAUUAGGGUCGGAUCGAUUUUUGAAGCUGUGGACUUUAUUUCGGGGGUAGCGUGCGUGAUGUGGUUCAAGGAUUUGAAAGAUUUGGUGGCGCAUUAUGUUAAGAACGUGGAUAGGCUGCAGAGGCGCGAUCAAUUCAUUCUCUCCACUGUUGAGAUUAACAAGUAUCAGGUGUUGCCUGAAGACUGGAGGAACUUUGUUGCUAUCGACGUGGAUAGGUGGCUGCUUCGUGGUAACUUCAGUCAAGCUGAUAGACGGUUCAAUAGGACUUCAAGGAACACUCAGUGCACGGCAACUGCUGCCAUGGCUAUAGUUUACGCGCAUUUAGUACCUAUAGCCGAGUGGACUUCAAAUACAAUCGAUGAUGUCAUAACGAAAGGCGAUGCUUAUUACACAGAAUGCAUAGAAGCUUUGAAAAAGAAGGAAAAGUUUAAGGAACCAAUGCUGCUAGUAGUAGAACUGCUCACCGAGUUUAUGGUUGACGAAAAGUUGGUUUGCUUGGACAUUGCAGAGUGCCUCAUGAAUGGCUACAUUUCCUGGUCAGAAUCUUGCAAAGUCUGCGUUAAUUUGCAAAAGGGUUUAGCGGAAUUCUUCAAAGACAACGAUUUCGGUAUCUUCACGUGCCGUGGAAUUAGCGUCGCUCUUUGGCGUAAAGGCGAUACGUUCUUUUACUUUGAUUCUCAUGAUCGCAAUCGACAAGGAUUCCAUACUCAUCAUGGAAAAGCUUGUAUUCAGAGAAUAUCAACAACGGAAAAGUUGGCUGAAUGCUUGAUGGGUAAUCUGGCGCCUUCUAAAGUGCACGCUCUUUACAAUUUGAGUAGACUGGAUGUGGAAACUUUCGAUCCUCCGCCUAAGGAUGCUCCUUGGGAUGAGGAUGAUUACGUUGACGAGGAGGAGGAGGAAGAGUUGGAGACUGAUCCGAGAUCUAGGUUCGGGGUGAUGAGGCCUUUAUACAAUUAUACGCAGCUAACGAAGAAGAGGGCGAUCUUGAGGGCCAAAGUGCAUGAAGGCGAUGUGAUGUUCGGAAUUGGUGCGAACAAACACACCAUUCCCAAUCUGGUGGCGGCAGCUGCUAUGGCUAGGUUAUUCAAUCCUGCGACUUGGGAUGUGGAGAUGUUGGAUGAUAUCUUUACCGUUGGCACCGGAUUGUAUGAAUCGUCAAUGCAUCGAUACUACAAAUCUCAAGCGAGGCGUAACUUGCAGGAAGAGGAGGAUGCGGAUGAUAACGAUGAUAUUACUAUAGCAAAUUGCGCGGAUAAUUUCAAGAUUGGUGUGAAUAAAAUUUCGCUAGAGUUUAGGUUCGUCGAUGAAGCACCUGUGAUGAAAGGCGAACAGUUUAAGGCUAGCAUUAAGGCCGCUCUAGAAGAGGAGGGUGAAUUUUGCGAGCUCAUUUUGCAUACCGGACAAUACGACGUGGUUAUCUGGAAGAAUGCUGGGUUGUAUUAUGUCUUUGAUCCUAAAGCUAGAGAUACUCACGGAGAUGUUUACGGUAAAGCCGAUUGGAGUAUCAUAGUUACACCGGAAGAGCAAUCCGAGGAGGAGAUUUCGGAAUUCGGCGAGGAAGAGCUGUGGGGUAUGGAGGAAGAGGAAGAAGAACAGGAAGGUGAAGGCGAAGAUACUAAACAAACGUACGAUCAAGAUAUAAUCAAGUAUUUGGAGAACGAGUGGAAAGAAUUGGCUGAGAUUCAAGAAGAGGAGGAAAUAAAGAUACGUUUCAAACAUCCACCCGAGUACUGGUUGGAGAUGGCCGAAAAAGAGGGUAAAGGAUAUGUGAUGUGGUUCACCAAAAUCCGUUGUCUGCUGAAACAUCUCUUCAGUAAUUUACCUAUGAAGGAACGCGAUUUGAAUUACGUUCUUACCAAAGUGGUCAUCACUAAUGAACCGGAGGUUAAGGACGUUUACGAUCCGGCGUUCGGGCCAAAGGAGGACGGUAUUAGUGGCGAUUGGCACGACUUCAAGGAGAUCGACAGAGGUCAGUGGAUUCUACGUGGAACCAUACAUCAGAAGAAUGAACUAUUUCCAGAGGGAAAUCGUGGAAAUCAGUUUGCGGCGAAUUGCUUAAUUGCUCUAGCGUACGCUUACAUUUAUGCGCUUCCCAAUUUCAAUUAUCGCACUGUCGAUUCAAUCCUGAAGUACGGGGAUCGUCUCUAUACUGUUACCAAGAAGUUGAGAAAAUCGGAAUUAGCGAAGGUACCGGACGUGCCUUUAACAGAGACGGAAAUCGAAGAGGUUGCUCGUAAAGAUAUUUAUGAUAUUGCAAUGUUGCCUAAAAGGUUUUGCAUUGGGGAUGAGAAGAUUACGGCGCACGUGGAGCAGAACUUUUGCACUGGAGAGGUUCAUGCGAAGAACGUGGACGAAGAAGUGGACGUGCAGAAGGCUUUGGAGAUCUUUUAUGAGGAUGUCGAUAAUCAGUUUGCGGUUUUGGAGGCGAAGGAAACUAGUGCUGCGGUUUGGCGCACCAGAAACUUUUACUUUCUGUUCUACCCUCAACAGAAGGGACCCAGAGGGAAUGCUUCUGAGAAUGGAGUGGCGUGUGUUUUGCGUUUCAGGAGUUUGGAGGUUCUCGCUAAGUGCUUCGUCCGAGGAAUGCCUAGGAUCGGCAAGAACUUUUUUGGAUUGCACAAGGUAUCAUUCGUGGUGGAUAAUUGCGCGAAGCCGGCGAGGGAGGAGAUGAGGAUAGAAAGACCGGCGACUUUGACGGGAUAUAUUAAUUUGAGGCCAGGUAUUUUCAUGAUACGAGGUGGCAUUCAUCAAGAUCAUCAUAUAUUUGGACGUGGAACGAACGCGCAAUGCGCUCCCAUUGCACUCGUUUCUUUGGCGAUGACCUUGGUCCAUAACUGCGAGUAUUGGACGAGACCAAUCAUAGACGAGAUCAUCUGCAUAGGCGACUCGAUCUACGGAAACGCUCUGGACAGGUGCGACUUGGAUUUCAAUCCAUGGGAGGAGAAGAUGACGAUCGCGAUGGCUCCGAACGACUUCAAAAUUGGCAAGAUCAAAGUGAACUGCGAGAGGCGGCACACGGAGCAGCGAGGCAUCAUCGACAUUAAAGAUCCGACCAUCCUGAACCUGCGCGCCGGAGUCGAGAGGUUCUUCGAGGAGAACAGUUACGGCGUGAUUGAGACGGACUUCCUGACUGUGGCUAUUUGGGAGAUGGAGGAUGAGUCGAAUUACAAUUACAUCUACAUGUUCGAUCCGAAUCCGAGGGGUCCCACGGGACAACCGUGGCCCGAGGAUGGCGCUGCGUGUGUCAUCAAAUUCGUGGAACCGAAAGCCAUGACCGAUCACAUCAUUUCUCUGCUGGACGCGGAUCGGGACGGUCAAUUCCUCAUCACGCCGGUGGAAAUCGUCAUCGAGAGAGAUGGCAAGAGGAAGAAGACGAAGAAAUAUGGCCUUCCAAGAAAGCCGGACUCAUCUUGCGAGCGGAUGAGGAACGAUAAGCUGGGUAAAUUGGAGUAUUAUGCGAUACCCCACACGGAAAUUGAUAUAUUGAGGGGAAGCAAAAGUCAGAACUGGCAGUUGUACAGCCAAAGCUCGAGAGGGAAUCAGGACGUUCCCAAUUGCAUCGUCUCUUACGUUAUGGAUAAGGUCAUUCCGUUGGCCAAUUGGAAUUGUAAGAUCAUCGAUAUGGUGUUGGAUGUGGGUGACCAACUGUACAAGGACAGCUACAUCAUAUACAACCCUAAGGAUAAGAAGCUGCGUUUGGAGACGCUCAUCCGGGAUGUCUUGAUCAAGGAUAUCAAAGUGAAGAUUUCGGUGGGAGCUCCAGUCUUGACCGCUAAAUUCAACGUGCGUCUGCUGAACGAGGCUCUUCAGGCGUGCUUCAACUUGAAGAACUUUUGCAUCGUGCUGGUGGAGAAGACUGCCGUUUCGUUGUUCCUCCGAGAUGGGCAUUUCUACCUCUUCGAUCCCACCGAUAUGGAUUUGUCUGGGUGCAGAUGCGAACAGGGGACCGCAGCAGUCCUCAGGUUCACCAACCUAUCAACAGCUAUAGAUCAGCUGAUCAGUAACCUAAGCGUGUGCAACUUGAGCAACGAAGUCUUCCACAUAAUAGUGGUAGCCAUCAAGGAGAUCGAGAAGGUACGUUUUGGGGCUACUCAAGGGGACGCAAUCCGCCCCAUCCUCGAGUCUAAUAAAUGCGACAAGUAUCUGUACGGCCACUACGGAGGAAAGUGAAGUAACUAACUAAUUGUCCUGUUAAUUUAAA